AAUUUGGCCUCAUUAGCAUUUAAGGAACACAUGUUUAUAUUUACACAGUCAAGAUGUUCAGAAAAGUACGCAAAUAUUGUCAGCAUUUUGCUAAGGAAUCUGAACUUCUGUAAUCAUGGCACACUCUAAGGUUAUCAUAGCACAGUUGAGAAAUGGUUUAGUUUGUCGAUAUCGGCAUUUAAAGGGUCAAAUUGGUGGCCGAAAAUUUGGUAGGCUUGCAUCGACAACUGCACAAUUCGGGUUGGAAGGGCAACACAGCUACUGUGAAAGCAUCAACCAAAGGGAACACGAGGAAAACCUCGGUCGCCAUGGUGAUGAAAACUUUGCGGCCAAUUUAGAUGAUAAAGACCAAGUCACCAAUCAGUUUGGUUCCCAGGCCAGCGACGACAAUCCGUGUUUAUACGAUGAACACAUCCCAACUACUGUGCUACAGAAGGGACUGCUUGCGAUGGGAUCAGCCUUCAUGUCAUUCUAUGACCCGUAUCGAGAUGAUAUGGUUGCAACACUAGGCGAGGUGACCGGACACUACGCAUUACAGAGGCUUCGCGACAAGAUGCUAGCUGAUGCCGAGGGCACACAGAUACUCGAUGACAGACCGAGAAUCAACACGAGAACAGUGGACAUGGACUGUUUGGCCAGUCUGCCCCAAGGCACCCUGGGAAGGGAGUACGUCGACUUCAUGAAGAGGAAUAGGAUCACGUCGGAUUCGCGCACGCCUGUGCACUUCGUGGAUGACCCUGACCUGGCGUACGUGAUGCAGCGAUACCGCGAAAUACACGACUUCAACCAUGCCCUGCUGGGUAUGCCCGCCACCAUGCUGGGCGAGGUGACCGUCAAGUGGUUUGAGAUGAUCAACACGAGGCUGCCCAUGACGGCCCUGGGGGCGAUGUUUGGACCCCUGCGCGUCAAAAGAAGGCACAUUGGCAAGUUGACAAGCCUGUACAUCCCCUGGGUGGUGCAGGCAGCACCCAGGGCCAAGCUGCUGCUGAACAUCUACUUUGAGAAGCGGUGGGAGCAGCCGAUGGCCGAGCUCUGCGGCGAGAUCGGCAUCAAACCAUUCACCGAGUACAGAUGACACAAGGCUCAGUCAAGCUCCGUCAGCGGCUUUACCGGCAUCUGUUGGGACAAUCAGAACUCCCAGUUCCUUGAAAUUUCCGUUCUGAAGCUUCCUGAUCCCUCCAAUUAUCCAAUUUGCGCUCAAACAUAUCCAGUACACAGCUUUCCAUGUAAAGUAAUGGUGGCUGUGUUACAUCCAACGUAAUGCAAAUCUGUUGUAGGAUUAUUGAAUUACUCCGUGCCUUAGGACUUAAGAACGUGAUCUGGUUAUCAAUGUUGUAUUCGAGUCCACCACAAGUCCUUGUAAAGUCCCCGUUAGUCCAUCACGAGUCCAUCAGUCUGAAGCCCAUUCACAAGCUAUUCAAAUGAUCUGUGACAAAAGCAUUCUUUUGUCAUUGUUCGCUGUUUCUUACAGCUGGCCUUGUGAAGGGCCUCGUGACUGGACUUCUGGAAUGACCGGUGACUCGGAUGGACUCGAAUGCAACACUGCUGGCUGUCUGUACACAUAGGCACAGUUGGUUGAAGUGUCAAUCAUGCUUUGAAUCACCUCAAAUGUAUAAUUGGAAACCACCAAUCCCCAUGUUUUGAACAUACAAAGUUCGAGAAGCCUGUGGAGGCAGAUUGUGUGUUGAACUUGGCCUCUGUGCACGGCCCAUCAUGGUAGUCAUCAGUCCGCUAUCUGAGAUUGCAGUAAGAUCGUACAGGUGCUGUUCAGAUGACUUUGGAAUCGGUCUCGGUGGCAUUUGGCUGUACGUUUUGCUGCCUAUAGAAAGUCUGCAGCAAUAUCCUGCCUGUUUACCGAAGUCAAAAGUAUCGGCAGAAAAUAAUAGCAUUGGCAAGUGGUUAAGGCAGUAACGGUUACAAUAAUAGGACUCCCGAAAAUAGUCAUUUCUCUGUCAGACUGAUAUUUAGGUGUGCAUUAAUUGAAAAUAUAUAAAAUACAUGUAGUCUGUAGGUUCAACUGCCAACAUGCCGGAUGGGCUCCAUUUGAUGAUUGAUGAUUAAGGUAGACAAGCAAGGAUUUCAUGAUUUUGAGGCCAUUCUUGCUCUUGGAACACAGACACACUGGAGGUGCUGCCUCUUGUUCUAAAACUUCCGUACAUCUGCCCUUGAACCAAGACAGGAUGGCGAUGUUGAUAUGAAGGGUGUGCUUGGUCAAUAUAAAACUGUGGCGUAACUUUAGAAGUCAUUGACCUGUAACUGUGCCUCCAUGUGCAGUAAUUCUAAAUGACGUCGUUUCAAUCAGUUACAUACCACUGUGCACUCUGACAAAGUUGAAAGUAAUGAUUAUUUUAUUAAUUUGCAACAUUAUUAUCAAUGCAUACAUUUCAAUAUAAAUAAAUUUCACAAAUGGUAUUUGCACAAAAUACUCAGCUGGUGACAUGAUAGUGUUUGAAAUGAAUUUACGGUAGGAUUUAAAUAAAUCUUCAUGAAAACUUAAGGCAAUUGAACUAUUGCGACAGACUGUUAUUAGUGCAGGAUGGAUGUACAUCUUUUACUUGUACUAUAGAGGACUGAAAACACAUGGAACAAAAGGAUGUUUCCCUGUCAUUGGUGACACUGUUGACCUUAGUGGCAAGUGUGGGCACCUUUAAUCUAUGUGUACAGCGACCCUUUGGUGGAAAAGCAUUGCGUGGAUCCACAGGUUUGUGUGCACUUGGCACUGGACAUACUGAGCAUGCUUGACCAGUUUCUGCAGAUGGUGUGCCAUCUUUGCUUCGCGCGUGCACCAUUCACUUCACUGGUAUAUCCCCAUGCUCACGCUUUGUCCUUGCUUUGCAGGUGAAGGAACACUUCCAGGCAAUGUAAACAGGUUUGGGGGAGGGGGGCCUGUCGUGAAGUGGAUGGAUAUUAUGAAUGAUGAAUACUGUAAGGAGCCGUUCUGCACCUGGUACAAGCAUUGGGGUCAUUCCAUGGGGUUGGGGCACAGUCUCUGACAGCAUCCGUUGUUACAUGGGUUCCGUAAAAAGUGAACAGCCACUUCCCUGCAUGUGAAUUCCAAACUGACAAUGUUAUACAUCUUGCAGGGCCGAAUACAGAGUUGUGUGUCAUUUUUACAGAGUAGAUGACCUUCUCUACAGGUCAUGA